UGAAAACCUAACCUGUAAUUUAUUUGAUUUAAUUAUUAAUCACAAUUAAUCAUUUGUUGUCUAUGUUUAUAUUCACUAAUCAUUACGAGUCCGUGUUACGAGUUUAAUAUUAAAUUUACUCUACUAGUGUACUUGGUAAAACUUUAUAAACGAAAUUUAUUUAUCAUUGAAUUUUUGUUAGUAUAAUCUGAUUAAAAUAAUCUUAUCUAUUAUCAUUUCUAUACUUGAGUUAUGUUUUAUACCUACUUAGACAUUAGUUAAACCCUUGUUUAUAUAUUGUUAAACACAAUUAUAGGUGAUCCUAGCUUUUUCUCUAUACAUAACAAUGGCUGCAGCAAGGCUGAGUCCUUUAGACCCAAGUUCAUUUUCUCGACCAGAGUAUGUAAAAGUGGUCAACAUAUCUCUGAAUUUAAAUGUAAACUUUGAUAAAAAGAUAUUAUCUGGUACCACUGAACUUACUGUUGAAAAAAUUGAUAAAACAGUUAAUGAAGUUAUUCUUGAUACAAUGAAAUUAAAUAUCUGUAGAAUUUAUGAUGCUGAAAGUAAAGAAAAUGUUGAAUUUAGCUUAGGUGAUCAUGUACCUGAUUAUGGUACAAAGUUGACAAUUAAACUUCCAAAUGACGAAAAACUAAGAUAUAAAAUUGCUAUUGAUUAUCAAACCAGCCCUGAUGCGACAGGAUUGCAAUGGUUGUCUCCUAAGGCAACUGCAGGCCAAAAAUAUCCAUAUUUGUUCAGUCAAUUUCAGCCUACACAUGCACGUUCUGUACUUCCUUGUCAGGAUAGUCCAGGAGUAAAAGCCCCAUAUACAGCAACUAUAUCCGCGCCCCAUGAGUUUACUGUUCUCAUGUCAGCCAUUCGCGAUGGCACUAAAGAAUUAUCUGUAGGAAAAUUGUCUCAUUUUAUUCAGAAAAUACCGAUGCCGUCUUAUCUGAUUGCUUUGGCGGUGGGAGUUUUAGAAUCAAGACAACUUGGACCUAGAUCUCAUGUUUGGGCUGAGAAAGAAAUAAUUGAAGAAUGUGCCUAUGAAUUUGCAAAUACCGAACAUCAGCUUAAAACGGCAGAAGAUUUGUGCGGACCUUAUGUCUGGGGAAUAUACGAUUUAUUAGUUUUACCACCUAGUUUUCCUUAUGGUGGAAUGGAAAAUCCAUGCCUCACAUUUGUUACACCAACAUUGUUGGCUGGUGACAGAAGUCUCGCAAAUGUAAUUGCACAUGAAAUAGCGCAUAGUUGGACUGGAAAUCUGGUUACUAAUAGAAAUUUCGAACACUUUUGGCUGAAUGAGGGAUUCACUGUUUUUAUAGAACGUAAGAUAAAAGGAAGAUUAGAGUCAUCAAAGAGUCAAGAUUUUGAUGCCUUUAUUCAUAUUAGUAACUUAAAUGAAGCUGUUAAUUUAAUAGGGAAAACAAAUCCUCUGACGCAAUUAGUUGUUAACUUAAAUGGGGUACAUCCAGAUGAGGCAUUUUCAGUUGUUCCUUAUGAAAAAGGGCAGACAUUCUUGAGAUAUUUGGAAUCUGUGAUCGGUGGCCCAGAGAAAAUGGAGCCGUUUUUAAGAUCAUAUUUUGACAAAUAUAAGUACCAGUCUAUUGAUACCAACGAUUUUAAGGCUUAUUUUGAAGAGUAUUUUCAUGAUAAUGAAAAUCUUCAAGAGAUUGACUGGUCUGCUUGGUUGUAUAAUCCUGGAAUGCCACCUGUUAUUCCAGACUAUGAUACAUCUUUAGCUGUAGUGUGUGAUAAUAUUGUAGAGAAGAUUACAGCAUGGAAUGGAGAUGAGCCUGCUCCAAUUACUCUAAAAGACAAAGAAACACUAUCCACCUUUCAGGUAAUAUACAUCUUGCAAAAAUUGUCUGAAACAACAGCUCAAUCUAUUGUUAAACUGAAAGUAUUAAGUAACAUUUUUGGAUUUGACAAUAUCAAAAAUGCAGAAAUAAAAUUCCUCUGGUUUAGAAUUUGUCUGAAGGCUCACUGGGAAGAGAAAGUUGAUUCUGUAUUUCACUGGAUUAAUGUAGUUGGUAGAAUGAAAUUUGUUAGGCCAUUAUAUAGAGAUCUUUACAAUUGGGAAAAGACUCGUGAGUUGGCUCUAGAUAAUUUUAGAGCUAAUAAACAGAAUAUGAUGCAUGUAUCUGCCUAUACAUUGGCAAAAGACCUACAUAUUGAUGAAUAAAAAUAUAUUAAUUCUAUCUUCAGAUAUUUACCAUAUUUUUUGUGCUUUCAAAAAUGUUUUCUUUUAAUUUGAAAUAUGUUACCAAUAAUUUGAUAGUUAAACAUAUUUUUUUCAAUAAAAAAAUCAUCAACUUAGUCGUUUCCUGAUCUAUUAUUUCUUUAAAGAGAGGUGACAUUUUUUAAGACCAUAUUUAACAAAAUAAUGUAUAAAACAUAAAUUUUUAUGAGACUUAAAAAUGUUAAAAUAAAUGUAGUUUAUAAUAUAUUUAAAAAUUGUUCAUACUAUGGACUAUCAUUUUUUUUUAUUAAAUUCAGAAGUGAUAUAUAAAAGCCUAAAUAGGGAAAAUAUUAAUUUAUAUGAAAAUUGUUUUUAUUUAUACCAAUUAGCUUUUUAUAUCUAUAAUGUGAAACUGUUGUAAUAAACAUUUUUCUAGUU